AUGCAGCCUUGUCCAUAUGAUGUAUACAAUCAAAUAAACCAUGUAGGAACUCAUUGGGCUCAACAUUUAGGAGAACACUUACAUCAUUUAGCACAUAUGCAUCAACAUACUCCACAUGUACAUCAUCACAUUCCACAUGUGCAUACGCUAGCUCAUGAUAGGCCUUGUAUGCCAAUAACUGCUUUCUUUUGUCGACAUCAUGAACAUUGUAGUUCCCAUUUAAUGUUAAUCUUUUUAUUAUUGGCUUUCUUCCUAGUAGUAGUUUAUAGAUUAUAUAACGAGGUUGUUAAUUCAGCUAAAACUGUACGUAUUGUAAAUAUAACACCAGUAAAUGAGGAACAUAAGGCUGAAGCUAGUAAGGAACAAUCAAAAUCAACAAGUGAUUCUUCUACUAGUACACAACAAACAUUAUAA